GCCACCAGAGUCAACCACCAGUGGAUUUGAGAGCUUGAGGUCUGAGCAGUCCAAUGAUGUCCCUCUUAAGUUCAAAGGCAAACAAUUGAAGCCACCAGAGUCAACCACCAGUGGAUUUGAGAGCUUGAGGUCUGAGCAGUCCAUUGAAGUCCCUCUUGUUUUCAAAGAUAAACAAAAAGGCAGCCCAUAUGGGAUGCCCCAACCUUGGGGUGGACAUGUGAUUUGUCCUAUUGACCCACCCAGGUUUAAAGCUCAAUGUCCUCCAUCUGCUGUGUAUCCAGUACUAAGAACUGAUCAUAGAGGCCCUGAUGACGUUAUCCAUAGCAGGAUGAAGGAUAAACCUCAUACAUCUUCUGGAUAUGUGUCAGACAUGUCUGACGUUUCACAGGAUAAGCUGUAUGAUUUCAAAGGCAAACAUCGGGACUAUCCAGGGACAGCAGAAUCCCACAUCUCGUCUGACACAUCCAACUACUCUGGAUCAAGGGAUUCCCAAUAUGAUGAGGAGAUGGUUCUGCCUGAUGACAUAGAAGAAGAGGUGAUUUGUGACAUUUGCUGCCAAGCUCCAGCUAUGAAGAUCUGUCUGACCUGUAACAUUUCCUACUGCGAGUAUGAUGUCCGGCAGCACUACACAGUGAGUGCUCUGCAGAGACACACACUCAGAGAUGUGAGUGCUGAAGUCGAGGGUAAACGAUGUCAGCACUACCAAGAGCCUCUAGAUGUAUUCUGCAGGACUGAUCUGAUGCCGAUCUGCAGCACAUGUGCACAGGGAAGUCACAGAGGACACGACAUCAUCUUGCAGAAGAUGCCACAUGCAGCAAGACAGAUGUCUAGAGCUGACGAAACCCAGGUCCCUGGACUACUUGAUACAGUGGUGCCCCCUCCUGGUAAGAUCAAGUUCCUGUCAGUAAAGCCAAACUCUGUGAUGCUGAGCUGGGGAUGCCCAGCAGGACUAGAGGGACCUAAGAGCUUCAGAGUAGAGUGGAGAUCUUCUAAGAGGGAGGAAGAUUAUAUAGUCAUCAAAGAUUUUCUUAGAAUUGAAAUAAACAACCUUCAACCAGGACAACAAUAUUUGUUCAGAGUGGCCACAGAGGACGAGGAUGGCAAAUUGAGUGAAUGGGUCAAAGAAUCUGUUUUCACAGCGGUACCAGCUCCUCGACACUUAACAAAAGAGCAUACAGAGGCCAGGGCUGUGUCCUUGAAAUGGACCAUGGGAGACAAAAUGGAGCAAAUUCCACAUCGAUUCCUUAUAACUGUCACAAGUCCGGGGAAAGAGUCGCAGGGAAUACACUCCGUAGACUGCUACAAGAUGUUCUCUGACUUAGAGCCAGACACAGAGUACACCAUCUCUGUCUCAACAGUGCUCAACAACCAGUACAGUGAGCCAGUCUCCACAACUAUACAAACAGAUCCAUGUCUCAUGGAGGUGCUUUCAAAAAUCGGACUUGAAGAUCAGUAUGACAACAAGCUCACACUAAGCACGGUCCUGGAGAUGAAUCAAAAUGAUACAUCAGAGAACGAUCUUGAAACUGCAAAGUCACUUCCCGAGGCCUUUUUGAAAAAACUUAUGAUGCUGAAUGCAAAUGCUAGAAGUGUCAAAUGUGUGUCCCAUGAUGUGGACUCAGAUAAGAGCAAUGCCAUCAAUCCCUUGGACCUGAUAACAGCACUGUUUCUCUGUUCAGAUAGCUUUCUGCACCAGAACAUAGUUCUGAAAAUGUCACUCUGCCAGUUUGCUGUACCGCUCUUGCUGCCCAACAAUGAAACAGGAGAAAUCACAAUGAUGCUGUGGGCUAUGCGUGAAAUUGUCCAAACCUUCAGACCCUCCAAAGAGGCAUUCAGAAAGUUGAAGUGUGAAGAAAGACUUGUGCUCUCUGAUAUUCCUUUGGUGUCAUUUGUCAGGCUGGGGAAGAUGGUUUCAUCCAAGUCUCAGAUACUGAAUGAACUGCUUAGCGACAAUCAGCAGCAACAUGACAGAUUUUUUCAUCGUCACAUGGCAUUUGGUGAUGUCCCCAGGAGAAUUUCAGACGGGCUGGUUGAAAUCAGCUGGUAUCUCCCAAGCGGGAACAGGAACAUAGACAAAUUCACUGAGCCAGUGGCCAUCACCAACCUCAGGGGAGACAUCAGGGCUUUUGACAAGCAGUUCUCAUUCCUCUGUCAGACAUCUGCAGCUGUUUACAUCUUCUGUGAUGAAUCAGAAGCAGAUUCCUUCAACAGUCUGAAAGGAAGAGAUGUGAAAGGAAAAGUCUUUGUGAUUAGCAGCAAAAAGGGGAAAAACUUUACACUCAAAAUAAUGACUUUGAAACCAAGCUUAAAGACAACUAAUCUGACUCAGAAGAAAAAGACGGACACAGAGCUGAUAAAAGCCAUCCAGGAAUCUAUCUGUAAGAUUCUAGAAAAAUGUCCAGACAAAGUGCAGCUGGCAAAUCUGGCCGACAGAGCUCACUGCAGUGGGAUCCUGGUUGAUGAGGAUACUGAUGAAUGUCAGAGUGCCAGGAAGAAUGCAAAUAAAAUCACCACGCAUAUCGCUAACAUCCCCAAAUUCAAAGACAAACAACUGCCUAGCCAGGGACACAUCUGGAAAGCUCUUUCGUGGCUGGAAAAUGAGUGGUGGAGACUGCGAAAAGUUGGCAAUCAGAACAUUGAGGACUACCGCAAAUCACUGAAAACAAAAGAAAAAGACCUUAGAAGGAAACAACAAAGAUUUGAGAUGACAGCUGCAAUGUCAGACUUCUUUCACGGGGUGGUCACCUCAGAAGUGCAACGUUACUAUUUCCUCAAAUGGCUUGAAAUAGAUUUGGACAAUCUGUUCCGGCACCAGCUGUCAGCUCUGCGGGAGCGUUACAAAGAGCAAUGCCAGAAAUUUCCCCAAGAAAAAGAACAAAUUGCAGAGAUCGACAAGCAAAUGUCUGCUUGUUCUUUACACCUGGAACACUUUUUCCGAGAGUGUGGGCAGCUAUAUGAAUGUGCCAGUUACCUGCCAGAAUACAGUCGUCAAAGAAAAACCAUGGAUCAACUACCUGCACUGUGUGCUCAGAUGCUGCUGGAUGGUUUCCCUGUGGAGCUUGUUGAUGGAGAUGCAGCAAACAUCCCGAUGAAGUGGAUCAAGGAGGUCCUAACUGAACUUCACUACAUUAUGAAUUCCAACAGUAAACUCAAGGUCAUUACAGUCAUCGGAGCUGAAAACUCAGGAAAAUCAACUCUGCUCAACACCAUGUUUGGGGUCAGGUUUUCCACUAGCAGAGGUUGCACCAGAGGAGCUUUCAUCCAGCUGAUCAAUGUCAGUAAAGACGUCAGGAAGGAACUGGGGUGUGACUGCAUCCUGAUCAUCGACACCGAGGGACUGAAACCACAUCAGAUGGCUCAAGAUGAUCAUAGCCAUGAGCGUGACAGGGAAGUGGCAAGCCUCGCUGUGGCGCUUAGUGACGCCACUAUUGUCAGUGUUUGCAUGGACAACUCCAGAGAGAAAGAGGUCUUGGAGAUUGUGCAGCACGCUUUCACAAGGCUGAAGGAUGUGGACAAGAAGCCACUGUGUCAUUUUGUGCAUAUUAACAUGUCUGACAUGCCUCCUGCAGAGAGGAAGAAGAGAGAUAAGGAGUUAGUGGAACAGCUCAAUGAAAUGAUCCGGAGGGACACUAAUUUGAUGAAGGCCAACAUCAUGAAGAUCUCAGAUGUGAUGGAGUUCAAUCCAGACUUUUGCAGCUGGUAUGUUCCUCCCCUUUGGGAUGGGAUACUGCCAAUGGCUCCUUUCAGUGUUGACUACAGUGAGACUGUGCAUGCUUUCAAAAAACAGCUGAUAGGGGACCUCAAAAAGUGUCAAGAAAGAGGUGAUCUGACACAUUUUGUCGGGAGGUUAGAAAGCUUCUGGAAAGCUCUAUGAGAAAUGUAGAUUCAUCUGAGGAAAAAGGCAGGAGAGUGAUGUGAACACAGAAAGGGGGAAGCAGAAUAAUUUCAUAACAGAAGCAAGUUUUGGUUUCAUAUAAAUCAAUAAAUAAUUCAGUAAAAUGAAAUCCAGGUCAUUUGAAAAUAGAAAUAAGGGAAAUGUGUCUGUUUUUUCAACUUCAUAUGAAUGAACUGGACGGUAAAAAACUUUGUUAUACUUCAUUUCUUUUAUUUACAGUGCAAUUUUUUAAACAUCUGGCCCAUUGAACACUGUACAAAUAAAACAUUAAACAUGUAUAUAUGCUUGCAAAAAAUAUACUUUGAGACAGUCUGUCAGUCAGUUUCCACCUGAACAGGGAAAGAAGUAUGGACAUUCAUUUGAAGUGUAUAGAUGUGUAGUAGACACCAAAAAACAUCCUAUUAGUGUUAUCAAAUCUGUAUCAAAAAGAUAUUUGACAUCUAAAUCUUACAGCAUCUGUAAAAAUUUUAAUUGCCUAUGUAGAAUUAUAUCAAAAGUGCACAUCUGACAGGCCGCCUGAAGAAAAAGCUAAAAUAAUUGAUAUGUUGUGAAUUCAUGUGGUAGUUUGUACAAUAAAGAUGUAUAUAAUAUAAUCUCAAUUAUUAUUAAGAAAGCACUCACUUUUGCUAUUUAUACUACAACAAUAUCACAGUCACAAACAUAAUAGUUAAAUCCAAAUUUGGAUUGAAGAUUUUAGAUGUGGCAUUAUUGAUAUUCUUAUAAUAAGUCCUCACAUUUAUAUUAAUGUUACAUCUGACUUUAGAUCCAAGUCCAAGUAAUUUGGUAAACUAGAUAUUUAAAGGGUCAGUUCAAUCAAACUAUGUAAAAACAUAUUUGCUCACUUACCUCUAGUGGUAUAUAGCCAUGUAGGUGGAUUUGUUUUCAUUUGUCUGUGUUUUGAGCUAUCAAUCUCUGAUUUGCUGUUCACUUUUUUAAAUAAAAAUGUAAUUCUUCAAUGCUAUGAGCAGAACAAAACAAAGUCAAUUUAUCACCAUUGUAUUGGGUUGGGACAACUAAACCC